AUGAAAGACUCGAAGGGCAAGGCUAUCAGCUAUGCGCCCCUGCCGGUCUACGCAGAGAGGAAAUGCGCUCAUGAGAUGGGCAAGGACAUGGUCGGUUCGUAUUAUACCUUCCCAAUGACGAUCAGCGAAGACGUGGUCCCAAAGUUGGCAGAAAUGACCAUCCUAUGGCAGAAAAGGAAGAAUGCAUUCACUGUCGACCGAAAUGCAGUCACGAUCGGCGCGGACGACUUACUGCAUCUUGUGGCGUGGGAGAGGGCGAGCCCUGAGACACCCUCAUACGAAACCAAAACGACGAAGAAUCGUGAAUCCUUCGCCUGGGCUUCCUUCGCUCUCAAUAUUAUGCGGAAGUAUCAAAUGGAUUGCUCUUCUGGCCAUUGCGAACCGGUAUUCCCAGGGGCUGAUGAUUCUCAAGCCGAAGGCUGGAGGUCGACACGAGAAGAUCCGAACGUGUACCCAAGUUCCUGUCUCAGGCAGCUAGAUCCCAACAAUCCCGUCUCUACCAUCUUCGAUCCCGACGCAGGCGAACGUGACACGCGACAUGCGCUCAACAAGAUCUGGCUUCACAUCAAUCAACUGAACACCGGUGUGAUCGGCCAGAUUAGCGACGAAGCAUAUGAGGGGAAUGUCGACACGAGGAAGCUCAUGGCGGCUUUCUGGGCGAUCUAUUCUCGACCUCAGCCGGCUGAUACAUUCAGGCCACAGGGCGUCUAUAAGGCGAAGUUGAAGGAAGUCAGAACGCGAUAUGACGACCUCAGAAAAGCAAUCGCGAAAGUCGAACCCGAUUCCAAGAAGAAGCCCAAGCUGUUUUGCGACACCACGUAUCAAGUCAUGCAACAGGCAAAUUUCCCUGCCCGCGAUCACAGAGGUAGGGAAAUCAGGGAUAGGAUGACUGACCAGGUCAUCACGCUGCGAGAGUGGGAGACACAACAUGGCCGCAACUUCGAUAAUAAUUGGUACUUCUGGUUCGAGUUUGCCCGCGAGCGUGGCUACAUGGUCUUCCAAAAGAGCACCUGGCCACCACUAGACGCCAAUCGAAACUACCCAUGGCCUCUCGAUCCUCGAACGAACCAGCCCUCCAUCUGCCAAAUCAGGGGCGUCGACGGCUUCACCUGGACAUACGACGAGCUGCCCGAAGACGAUGACCACGGCACCGACGCAUGGAUCUACAAACCUCACAUCGCACUAUGCCCUCGCAGUUUCCAACAAUCGCAGUACAGGAGUUACGAUAUCAAGACGGCACCACAACCUGAGGGAACACAUCUCGAUACGAUGGGGAUCGUGGCUUUGACGUUUUAUCACGAGCUCUUCCACUUCACCGAGCCGGUGGACUCUGUCGAUGUGCCGACCAAAUUCGCAAAACGCAAUGCGGAUGGGAGUCGAGAUCCGAGAUGGCCCGCGGAGAAGGCAGGAUAUCGACACUUCGACGAGCAUCGAACCUGGGGCGCGCUGCAGAGGAUGUCACUCGCCAUGUUCGAGCGCGCCAGGGACGAGACGAUGGAUUGGAAGCAAUCGCUCCCUAUUCGGAACCCGGAGAGCUAUGCUUGGUUCGCACUCACGCUGGCGAUUCAGCUUGUUGUCGGACAAGACUGGUCAUCCGGCGCAGCGAGACCAGCGGGUUCUCCCCAUAUUCCAGUCACCGCUACCAUCCCUGGCGAUAGGCCACCGGCCCAUUUCAUCGACAAGCCCACAGGUGUUCCAAUUCCAGAUGUCAGUUUCGAGGAGUUGUUUUGGUCUGGUGUCGAUCAAGGCGAAAACAUCACGACGCUGGAAAACCACCUCGAUCCGACGACGUAUGACGAAGAGAUGACCACGACGCCGAGGGAGUGCCUUGAUGCGUUUCAUUCGAGUGGGAUGUUCUCCAACACCACCUUUAUCACCUCGACGAGGUCGCCGCUGAAGCAGCCUUGA